UUGUUUGGAAGGAGAAAAAGGUACAAGCAACAGUAUUAUCCGAAAUAUAGACCGGCUCCGGCACGGUUUUAUGAUUAAAGUGGCAUUUUCCAGCUCUUGAACCAUGUCUACCCCGGCUAGAAGACGGCUUAUGAGAGACUUCAAAAGGCUUCAAGAAGACCCUCCAGCUGGCGUGAGUGGUGCUCCAUCAGAAAACAAUAUCAUGAUGUGGAAUGCAGUUAUUUUUGGACCUGAAGGCACCCCAUUUGAAGAUGGAACUUUUAAGCUUGUGAUAGAAUUUUCAGAAGAGUACCCAAACAAGCCUCCCACAGUUCGAUUCAUCUCCAAAAUGUUCCACCCAAAUGUAUAUGCAGAUGGAAGUAUAUGUCUAGACAUCCUUCAGAAUCGCUGGAGCCCCACGUAUGACGUCUCCUCCAUCCUGACAUCUAUCCAGUCCCUGCUGGAUGAACCGAAUCCCAACAGCCCAGCUAACAGCCAGGCUGCACAGCUUUACCAAGAGAACAAGCGUGAGUACGAGAAGCGCGUGUCCGCCAUUGUGGAGCAGAGCUGGAGGGACUCCUAACACACAAGAGCGUGUGUGUGUGCUCUUCGACACUGCUAUCAAACCCAGUCUUUCAUUUACCUCAUCAAGAAAAAAGGAGUCAACAACGGAACUUAUAAGUGCCACAAGUCAAAAAA